AUGAAGCCCACGGCUGCUGCUACGGCUACUCAUUUACCAGCACCUGCCUCUGUCUACAAUGGGCGUUAUGACGGACGUUAUUACAAAUCCCCAUUUCAUAAUCCAUGCGUGCCGCUCUACGACGACCUCAGCUUAGUCUGCCGCGCCUUUGCAAGCUGCAACUUAACCUUCAAGUGUCCCAGAGUCGACCAAAUAUUCCUGCUCAAUCACCUAAGGGAGAUGGGCGAGUCUGAAUUACAACGGGCGGAGGAUGCCAAUGUUGAUUUCUCCAGCACACGCCUGCUUGUGGCUCGCAAAAUUUACAGUGGCCGAGCCUGUGAUGGGCGGUGGCUCACAUCGUCUCUUGAUGCUCCCGAGGUGGCAAAUGUGUUCAACCACCCUGCUCAUCGUCGGACCCUACGGGCAUGCCCGGCAUCGAGCGCGCCCAGAGCGACAAAAGCCGCCUCUUUCUGA